AUGGAAGAAGCGAAGCCAGCUGUGGCUCCUCCAGUUCCUCCGGCGACGAAGAAGAGACCACUCGACUCCAAGGGCCCCUCCAAUUACUUCAAGCUUCGUGCCGUCAUUCGAGACCUUCGUCCUCACUUUUUGGAGGUUAUCCGAACUCCUGACUACAAAAAUUGCAAGGCAUCACUUGAAAUUCAAGAACAGCUGAAGAUUGUGAUCAAGUUAUAUGAAAACAUGAAGGCAGAUGCGGUUUCACUGGCGAAGUCUAAGAACAUGCAAGAUGGCCAAACGAAAGCUGGUCAGAAUAUGGAUCACAAAACACUGAAAGAGCAGCAGCCUCAACAUGUGAAGUCUCCAGAGGAGAUUCAAGUAGAGAAAUCGUUUGCGCAGCCAUCUGAAAUUAAACAUACUCCACCAGUUCUUACCUUUCAGAAGAAGCUUGAAGAUGGCCACUCACAAGGGACAUAUGUAGUUGGAGGAUCUGCUUUUGGCUGGAAUUUCAUCACCUUUUCAGGCAAAGAACCUGUCUAUUCUGGUAUGACAAAGGAACAAUUUCGAUCAGGAAAAGUGACCUUGUAA